AUGUCUCUGGAGCAGUCUCCCAACCCCAUACCAUAUUCUUCUCCCGUCGGUAGCCGUGCGUCAACCAAGAUUGGGAAGGUCUACCCCAUGGGCUAUCGCAAAAUUUCUCGCGUAACAGAUUCCAUCACAGUCGACACCGAGGGACCCAAGCGCGACACAGGUUGCGAGCUUGUCAGCAUUAUUGUCCUCAAGGCGCUCAAGGGAGUGUGUCUGUGUUGGUUGAUUCUCCACAUUCUUGAAAUAUUAGACUUUUGCGCUCGCACUGCACGUUCUUUCUGCCCUUGCUCUACAUUUCUGUUACCCCAUCGAACUCUUCACGACACGUCACGGCACGGCACGGUACGAGCUAUGUUCGGAGAGAAGAAGAAGCAGCAGGAGGAUGAUCAGCUGGCGCCUGUGCCGACGAGCGAUAUGGGUGAUGUUGAGGUGAUUAAGCCUGUGGGCGGGCAGCAUGAUGCUGUCUUUGGAGAAAUCAAUGAGGAUGGGCCGAAUUAUAAGGAUGUCGGCUGGGCGGGUUCUGCAAUUCUCAUGUUCAAGACACAAGUUGGCCUCGGUGUGCUUGGAAUCCCUGGCGCUUUCGAUGUUCUGGGUAUGGUCCCUGGUGUGAUUAUUAUUCUGGUGAUUGCGUUCAUGACGACGUGGGCUGCGUGGAUGGUGGGCAAGUUCAAAAUUAACCAUCCGCAUGUGUAUGGAAUCGAUGAUGUUGGUCGCAUGGUUGCUGGGAGGGUCGGGCGCGAGUUCUUCUUCUGGGCUUUUGUCCUUCACUUCACCUUCCUGGCUGCAUCCGCCAUGCUGAGUAUCUCCAUCGCCUUCAACUCCCUCUCCGAGCACGGCGCAUGCACUGCCAUCUUCGUCGUCGUCGCGGCCUUGAUCGGCUUGCUCUUCGGCAGUAUCCAGACUCUCGGAAAAGUCUCCUUCAUCGCAUGGGCUGGCGUCGCUGGAAUCUUGACGGCCAUCUUCACGCUUACCAUCGCCACUGGAGUCCAGGACCGACCUGCGGAAGCAUCACAGACGGGCCCGUACGUCUCCGAUUACAAGAUCGUUGGAGCGCCAACCUUCGCAGAGGGGAUCUCCGCCGUGUCAACGAUUGUGUUCGCGUUUUCGUGCUUGCCGGCUUUCUUCGCGUGUCAUGCUGAGAUGAGGAAUCCGAAGCAUUACACCCGGUCGCUUUGUACCGCGCAAGGAGCUGUUACGCUGGUGUACCUGAUUAUCGGUAUUGUCGUGUACUACUACUGCGGCUCGUACGUCGCGUCUCCAGCUCUCGGAUCCGCUGGACAGCUCAUGAAGAAGAUCUGCUACGGUAUUGCCCUCCCGGGUCUUACGGCGAGUUGCAUGUUGUUCGUGCACAUGCCUGCGAAGACGAUCUUCAUGCGCUUCAUGCGUGGCACCGAACACUUGACCUCCAACACGCCAACGCAUUGGUUCGCGUGGUUGGGCUGCACUCUGACCAUCACCGUGGUGGCGUACAUUGUCGGAUCCGGAAUUCCAGUCUUCGACCAGCUUCUGUCGCUGGUUGGUGCGCUGCUGGCUACGGUGACGUGCUUCCAGCCGACGGGGCUUAUGUGGAUGUAUGACAACUUCAAGAGGACGGACCGGAGUUGGAAGUGGUGGGCUGGCUGCGCGUUCAGUCUGUUCAUGAUUAUUGGGGGUACUUUCAUCACCAUUGCGGGUACUUAUGGUGCUGUGCUGGGGAUUGUGGAUUCGGAGAGUCGGACGAGUCCUUGGAGUUGUGCUGAUAACAGUAACUCUACUUAG